GUGGCGACGAUGCUCAACCACGAAACGCAUUUGGGUUUUUUCCUUUGCGACGGCAAGAAAAAAGGACGCUGGCCGCAGAGAACAGCCGCGGGCCCUCCACAGGAAUUGAUUGAUCACGCGGGCGAUCCCAAUGGCUCUGGAUUGAGUCGCCCUUGGCCCCUUGUCUCGCCCUUAUAUCUGACGCCAGGCUCGUAGCUCGCUCCUUUCGCUCCUUCCUGGCGCGAGCACCUCGGCGGAAAACACCACACAGGAUUCUGGCCUCUCCGCCUUUGUACAAAUCUUGCCUCUCGUCACCUCCUUGACCGCGCGAGCACCAAUCCCCUCCCACCUCGCGCGUGAGCAACCGCCCUGCAGCGACGACGCCCUCGCCGCCAUGGGCUCCAUCGACCACGACCCAGCGGCCGCGGCGGCGCAGGCACCCCCUGACGGCGACUCCGGCGGCGGCGCGGCGCUCGACCUCACGGUGCUCGGCCUCAACUCGGGCACCUCCAUGGACGGCAUCGACUGCGCGCUGUGCCGGUUCCGGCAGGCGUCGCCCGAGGCGCCGAUGCACUUUGAGCUGCUCGCGUACGACGAGGUGCCGCUCGAGCAGACCAUCAAGCGGCGCGUCAUGAAGAUGAUCUUGCACAACUCGACGACGCCCGAGGAGCUGUCCGAGGUCAACGUGCUGCUGGGCCACACGUUUGCCGAUGCCGUCGACGCCUUCUGCGCCAAGCACGGCGUCGACCGCGCGUCCAUCGACGCCAUCGGCUCCCACGGCCAGACCAUCUGGCUGCUCAGCCUGCCCGAGCCCGGCCAGGUGCGCUCCGCCCUGACCAUGGCCGAGGGCUGCUUCAUCGCCGCCCGCACCGGCAUCACCACCGUCACCGACUUCCGCGUCUCGGACCAGGCCGCCGGCCGCCAGGGCGCGCCCCUCAUCGCCUUCUUCGACUCCCUCGUCCUGCACCACCCCACCCGCCUGCGCGCCUGCCAGAACAUUGGCGGCAUCGCCAACGUCUGCUUCAUCCCCCCCGACGGGCCCGACGGCGCCCUCAGCGACGCCUUUUUCGACUUUGACACGGGGCCCGGCAACGUCUUCAUCGACGCCGCCGUCCGCCACUUCACCGGCGGCGAGCGCGAGUUCGACCGCGACGGCGCCAUGGGCCGCGCCGGCACCGUCGACCAGGCCAUGGUCGACGAGUUCCUCGCCACCCACCCCUACUUCGCCCGCGACCCCCCCAAGACGACGGGCCGCGAGGUCUUCCGCGACACCGUGGCCCACGAGCUCAUCGCCCGCGGCGAGCAGCGCGGCCUGUCGCCCGACGACGUCGUCGCCACCAUCACCCGCAUCACCGCCCAGGCCAUCGUCGAGCACUACCGCCGCUACAUGCCCACGCAGUACGGCCCGCUCGCCGAGAUCUUCAUGUGCGGCGGCGGCGCCAAGAACCCAAACAUCACCGACUACCUGGCGCGCGCCUUUCCCGACGCGCGCAUCGUCAUGCUCGACGAGGCCGGCGUGCCCGCCGACGCCAAGGAGGCCAUCACGUUCGCCUGGCAGGGCAUGGAGGCCAUUGUCGGCCGCAGCAUCCCCGUGCCCGACCGCGUCGAGACGCGCCGCGGCUACGUGCUCGGCAAGGUGAGCCCGGGCCGCAACUACCGCCGCGUCAUGCGCAAGGGCAUGGACUUUGGCGCCGGCCGCGACCACCUCGAGCCGGUGCGCGAGCUGGUCAACCACGUCAACGGCAAGGUCUUUGAGGGCAAGGCGUGAGGCCUUUUUCCAUUCUCCACCAGCCUUUUUUCCUUUCAUUUGCUUCUCCACAGCCCGGGCCUGCAUGUACGAUGCAUACGAGACAUGAGCAUCUCGAGUACUCUAAUGAUAGCGUUGCGCCGUCGUGCGUAUCAAUCAAGACUGUGAUGUGAGCACCGAGACUGAUGUUGAGUAGAACCAAGACUGGAUUGUGUAGAACCAAGACUGU